CAGGCGGCAGGCGGGCCUGGGCUCUUCUGAUGCAAAUCUGUAGUGGCACCUGUGCCGACUGCCCGUCGUGUUCGCUCCUGCCAGUUUUAGUUUGUCUCGCCUCGUUUGGACCUUUGCUUUUGGGCUUUGUCUCUCUUGGGUGGUCAUGACUCUGUCCAUCACACCCGCUAUUUCUGACUUUUCCGCUGAGUUGCCUCUGGUCUGAAGGUCAUGGCUGCGCCUUGUCUCUGCUACUAGGCCAAAAAGCAAUAAGACUGCGGUGCAGGUCCCUCUUGAUACGCCUCCCGCCGAGGCAUCGAAAAGAACAAGACACCCGCCUUUCCAAUUCUUUGCUCUCCUUUUCCCGCUACCCUUCUCGUCCGAACGAUUUCAAUACAUUUCCGUUAUUACAGCAGCCUGUCUAUUUCGGCUUGGCGCUAUUCCACUGGUAAUCCUGGACAUCAAAGAACAGGCCAGCGCCCCUUUUAAUCCUUGCUCACUACACCACUCUAGUGGCUGGGAGCGACAGCGGUCAACUACCUAAAUCAACCGCUACCUGCCCCUCCUCCGUGGCCUGUCAUCGAGCCCCUACCCAAAGUACAACGCUCUCUGUUGGAACCAAAGUCCGUGGCUGGAAACUGUUGCAUUUUUGCCAAACAAAACCUCCUGCAUCCCUCCAGCUCAUCUCGAUACCGGAUUCCUGUUUUUCUCUUUCUUCUUUUUCCGCCUCAUCGUCCUGUCGACCUCCGACCCGAAACAAAGGCAGCCUCCCGCUGAAAAUCCCUGCAGGCGCGCUCUGCAAGACAUCAUAUAGGCCAGACACUAAGCGCCGCCCGCUGACAGUCCAUUGAUUCAAUUUAAUCUCCCAACAAAAGUACCUCACAACUCGUGUUCCGGCGUCUUCAACGGGCUUUGUACAACCACAGACAAUCCCCUACAAAUCGACCUUGGCGGAAUAUCCCUGAUCAGUCAAUAUCGGCCGCAAAACUUUACACGUUAUUUUCCCGCUACCUCCUCGAUAUCAUCAUGGGCGUAUUCACAGAGAAGACGCGCCUGUCUUCUGUUGAAGAAGUGCACAAUGAAAACGGCGUUACGAUUCCCGAAAAGGCGGCCGUUGCGUCUUCCACGGUCCUGGCUCUACCUGUUGACUACGAAUCCCCUCGAACUAGCGCACCUCAAACACCGCGCACCGAGAACAGCGCGAAUCCUUUCGACACAGACUUGGAAGCUAUGCUUUCCAACUCGAUCACCAGCAGAAGCACAAGAAAAAGCUGUCACGUUGUCAGGAAGAGCGAUUGCCAUGUCUGGCCCGGAAGAGAACACUGGGAAAACAAGGCCAAAGCUGAAAAGCGGAAGCGUAGCUGUGCUUGCACAGCUGGGUUGAGCCGUCGGAACCGCAUGAUUGUCAGGAUUCUCUUGAUCCUACUUGUCAUUGGCGCGUCAAUUGGCAUUGGCUUGGGAAUCAGCAAAUCUCUAGGAGCCCCUAUUUGGUCAAAGAAGAACCCCUGAGGGGGAGUGCUUGUUGAUCUAAUCUGACUGAGGGCUGCGGCUCUAUCAGAUCAUAUUCCUUUUCUGGCGCAUUAUUGGUGUUUCUUUCAUUUUCAUUUGGCGAGGAGUUUGGGGCGUUUUCAUUUGGCCUGCAUAUUGUUCAUCUCUGGAUGACGCAUUAUAUGGUUUGUUUGCAGACAACCAAUUAAUAACGAGGGGUACAUAUUUGUUCAUAUCCUGACGGGACCGGUAUUGUUUCAUCUUUGCUUUUUGUUUCUUUGUCUUUUGGUUGGGAAAGACAAGACUCUUUCAUAGACGCUAUAUUAGAAGAAAUGUGUAUAAAAUACAAUACUCAUGGCAUGCGCCGUGGGAUUUCUACUAGCAAAC